AUGGAUCACACGCGAGACCCCUGCCCCUAUGUCAUCCUGAACGACUUUGGAGGUGCCUUUGCCAUGGGUGCCAUCGGUGGCACCAUAUGGCACGGCAUCAAGGGCUUCCGCAACAGUCCCUAUGGCGAGCGACGGAUAGGCGCCAUCACAGCCAUCAAGGCGCGCGCCCCCGUGCUGGGUGGCAACUUUGGAGUCUGGGGCGGCCUGUUCUCGACGUUCGACUGCGCCGUCAAGGGCGUCCGGAGGAAGGAGGACCCCUGGAACGCCAUCAUCGCUGGCUUCUUCACCGGCGGCUCCCUCGCCAUCAGAGGCGGCUACAAGGCGGCGAGGAACGGCGCCAUUGGCUGUGCUGUCCUGCUGGCCGUCAUCGAGGGUGUUGGUAUCGGUUUCCAGAGGAUGCUGGCUGGCAGCACCAAGUUGGAGGUACCACAACCUCCUCCCAACACGGAGGGUGCGCUGGCAUAA